UAGGCGAGCCUAAUGCCUUCGCCAGCGCACAGGGAGCAGAGGCUGCGUCUCGGAGGCAGCUGGCACCCAGCGCUAGGGCGAGAUACGGAUAUAAAUGCAGAUACGGAGAAGGCGCUUCCAAUCUAAGGGCUUUGCGCCUGGAUCGCCCGUCGUCGACACCGGCCGCGUUUUCAGCUUUUGUUUUGUUUUGUUUUGUUUCCCCCCUCCUCCCUCCUCCCUCAGCCGCCUUCCGGCCCCCACAGGCUCCCUCUAAACUUCAGCGGAGCGGGGCGGGCGGGAGGAGCGAGCGGGCAGAGGUGGAGCCGACGGGAACUUGCGGCAAGUUUGCAGCGAGAUCGGGAGAAAGGAGCCGCUCCGGAGAGCGCUUGGCCGCCGCAAGAAGCGCGAUCGCUGGCCGGCCGCCUUGACGGCGCCCGUCGUCUUCCUACUGCGCCUUCGACGGCUGCAAGGAGCUGGUCGUGGCGAGCGCAGGAGGGGUGCUAGCGGCUGAGCAGCCCGGAGGGGAAAAUCCAGCCCGGGAUCUCGAGGGGAAGGUCGUCAACCUGUUUCAGGAAGAGACCAGCGAGCGAGGAUGACGGCCGGAAAGGAAGCGCCUCGCUCCCCGUCCACAUAGGAAAGUUGACGGAGACAGACGGGCGGGCACCGGACAGCCUGGCUGAGGGUCUCUGCGGGAAGCGGACAGCUCCCGUCCCCCUCUCUCUGGCAAUACAGAUCGACUUUAGAUUGGUGCAUUGGACUUCAAAGAAUUAACACUCCUAACUAAGUUUUUUGGCCUGUUCGCACCGUCGGGUUUAAACUUUUCUCGGCGGCCAGUCAUGCUGCCGGUGACGACUAUCCGGGGCUCCUUUGCUGUCCUCCAGUCGGCUGUCAAAUGCCCCGAUUCCCGCCAAGAGUAAACGCCAGUCGGACUUGGGUGUUGCAAGGAGCGCUUUGCUCGAGCUAAGGAGCGGGCCAUUGGAGGGCGGGGGGCGUCGGGGAACGGGACCCUAGGAGCAAGAGGAGACCCGACGGCGCGCCUAACCACCGCCAGUUAUAGGCCGUGGCAGGCAGACUGCGGCGGGGUUUUGCCGGAGCACGUUUCGGGGUUCGGAGAGAGGGGGCAGGCACCCCCGAAUUUGGGCGUCCGGAGCGCAGGAGCCACCAUUGAUUUCCUGCGGGUGGCUCGCAGCGACGGGCUGGGCGCUGCCGCCGCCGCUGCCGCCGCUGCCGCUGCCGCCGCGGGCAUGGCCAAGCCGGUGGACCACGUCAAGCGGCCCAUGAACGCCUUCAUGGUGUGGUCGCGGGCGCAGCGGCGCAAGAUGGCUCAGGAAAACCCCAAGAUGCACAACUCGGAGAUCUCCAAGCGCCUGGGCGCCGAAUGGAAGCUGCUGAGCGAGGCGGAGAAGCGGCCCUUCAUCGACGAGGCCAAGCGCCUGCGGGCCAUGCACAUGAAGGAGCACCCCGAUUACAAGUACCGGCCGCGGCGGAAGCCCAAGACGCUGCUCAAGAAGGACAAGUUCGCUUUCCCCGUCGUGCCCUACGGCUUGCCCGACGCCGCCGAGCAUCACGCACACCAUCUCGGCCACCACCACGCGGCCCUCAAGGCGGGCGCCCUCCACGGCCACGAAGCCCUGCUGGCCAACCCGGAGAAGGCGGCCGCAGCCGCCGCAGCUGCAGCCGCCCGCGUCUUCUUUCCCCCGACGGCGGCCGCGGCUGCGGCUGCUGCUGCAGCGGCCGCUGCCGGCAGCCCUUACUCUCUGCUCGACCUGGGCUCCAAGAUGGCAGCGGAAAUCUCCUCGUCGGCGUCUGGAGGCUCGGGCGGAGGAGGCGCGGCGUCGGGGCUGCCCUACGCCUCAUCGCUGGCUUACCCGACGGCUGGCGGCGCUUUCCACGCGGCGGCGGCGGCUGCUGCCGCGGCUGCGGCCAGCGGCGGCCACACUCACUCGCACCCGUCCCCGGGUAACCCGGGCUACAUGAUCCCCUGCAACUGCAGCGCCUGGCCCAGCCCGGGGCUCCAGCCCCCGCUGGCCUACAUCCUCCUGCCGGGCAUGGGCAAGCCCCAGCUGGACCCCUACCCCGCGGCCUAUGCGGCGGCUCUAUGACAUCCUGCCCCCCACGUUGGACCCCUGUACAGAGGAAGCCUGUGGGGCGCCUGGGGGCUGGACUCCGACGCCGGACUCUAGCCGACGGGACCCUCUUCUUCCCAGCCUGAUGCUGCUGUUGCCGCCGCCGCCGCCGCGGUGCCCUCCAGCCAUCUGCUCUACGGGGCCGCCGACUGGGGUGUCCGGACGAGAACAUUUCGCCUCUCCAUCCGUCUUGUCGCCGCCCGUCCAUGUCUUCAACCUGUUGCCUUCCCUUCCCCACUCCAGAAUCUGCUCGCGCUGCUCCUCUCCUCGGGUUUCCUCGACGGAUUUGUUGGAGGGUGAUGGGUGGAGAGAGAGAGGAGAGAGGUCGCGCGUCUCCUUGUCGGUCAUCCCGGUGGAGACGCUUCGGGUAGCCCGUUGCCUUUUCUGCUCGACGUCUCUUGGGAUUGUCUUUUUCUUUUCUUUUCUCUCUCCUUAACCUCUCCUCCCCCCAAAUCCUCCUCCUCUCUCCCUCUCCCUCUCUCUCUCUCCACACCCCCGCUAAAUCCUGCCCUGUCCACAGUAGGUCCAGAAAAACGGACCCAAAGCCAUCAGCCUUGACUCCACGCUGAACCAAGUGGACGAGGCGCACACAGCUAACCACCCCACGAAAUAAGCAGAGUUUGAUACCUCGCUUUAAGAGGAGGAGAUUGGGUCACUCAAAGGAGAAUCAGUAUGCACUCUCGCUGUUGAUUUCCUCCUAGCUCCCCUCCCUUCGCCCUUUCCCCUUUUAAUGUAUACAGCAAAGUUCCCCAUGACAACUUUUGUAAUUCCGGAGAAGGGACCUGUAAAUGUCUACAUGCGCGUGGGAGCUUUAGGUGUAAGACUGCUUCGCUGUAUUAUCUGAGUCACUUUUUUAAAAAAUGAGAUAUAAAUAUAUAUAUAUUGGCUGCGAUCUUAAGCACACAGUACCUUGGUAAUGGGUCUCGUUGCAAUCCAUGGGGCUUGUUUCCAAGCAAAACUGUGCAGGAGCUCGAGUGCCAUAAAUAGACAGCGCCAACCACAGCAAAACAACACCGAGGCGAAUUGCAACAGACUGCGAAACCCCUUUUUUGGGGGGGUUUCGGAGUUCAAACUAAAAAUAAAAAUCAGACUUCUUGUCUGAGAGAUAAUUCUAUACUUUCUGUGAUGUUGGCGUAUCCAAAACUGCUGUGUUUCGAGCGAAGACGUUUGAAAUCCGCUCCCUUUCGGACACCUUCGGAGUGCUUCCAUGCGAUUUGGCCCGACUGGGGAGGUGGGGGGAGGGAGAAAAUAUUCUUCUUAUUCUUCUUUUAAAUAAAAGCAUACAGGAUUCAGUUGCAGGAAAUGAUUUUGGAGGGCGGGGGAAGUCAUUCUGAGCAAUCUCUUCCAUCAUGACCUUUUUCGUUUACUUUUGUAAUGUGUAUAUUUGGAUUAAUGUUUGUGAAUCAAGUUGGCUAACCUGUAUUUAGUUUCCUUUCCUUUUGUUUUUCGCUUUCUGUAAUAUAAGGUUUUUGGAGGGGGGGUAAGUUUUUAAGUAUUGGUUUUAACAUUUGACGUGUAUAAAUGAGUUUGCUGGUGUGUUCUAAUUUAAAAUUAGACGUCUAAGCUAUAUCUGUACAUUUAGAAUCCGACUUACCACUCUGUUCAUUUUGGAACAAUGAGUUUAAAUAAAAGCCUGAAGCAGGGGAAAGA